AUGGCCGCGUCGUCGAUGGCGAGCGCGAGCGCGCGCGCCGGGUUUGGCGCGGACGGCGCGUCCGCGCGUCGCGCGUCCACCCCGGGCGCGCGCGCGCGAUCGCCGUCGCCCAUCUCCACGUCGCGUCGCGACCGCGCGGGCGCGCCGAGCGGCGCCCCGGUCCCAGCCGCGCGAAACCCGUCGAUUCGACGAAAACACGCAUCGAAUCGGCCCCCGAGCCUCCUGAUCGCUCGCGCGGACGGCGACGGCGCCGCCGCGAAGAAGGACGAGGACAUCAUGCGCAACGUCGCCGCGCGCGUCAAGGCGGCGCGCGAGCUCGCGAAGCGGCUCGCCGCGGAGGAAGAGGGCGAGGCGGAUGCGCGCGGCGGCGUCUUGGGCGAAGGAUUAUCCGGCGACGGCGGCGGGUUCACCGGGUCGCAGUACAUCGAGACCGAGCACGGCGGCGACGUCGACGCCGCGGCCGCCGCGCUGAACAAGUUCGCGUCCGACGCCGCGGUCGAGGCGCAGGCGGCGGAGGAGGAAGCGAACGCCUUCGCCGCGCGCGCGGUCACGGAGAUGGACGAGGCGGUGACGAGGAUUCGCCAAGAAGCCGCCAAACGCGUCGCGAGCGCGGAACGCGAGCGAGAUAAGACGCGCGAGAGCGCGAAAAAGGCGAUCGCGGAGGCGAACCAGCGCGCGUCGCAGCUCGAGGAGACGCUCCGGCUGGUGAAGACGGAGACGGACGCGAAGAUCCGCGCGGAGAAGCUCGCGCAGGCGCGUUCUGCUACCACACUGGACUUUGCCCGGCGACUCUCUCCGCCCAGGGUCCCUCGCUUUCAAUCCCCGCACUCAACGCCUUUCAACUCCGCUUCUGACGCCUUUCAACUCCACCCCGAUAUCAUCGCUCGUAUGGAUCCCGCGCAGGCGGAGCUCGAGCAAGAGAUGGAAAAGACGGAUGAUUUCGCGUCGAGGACGGAGGAGGAGGCGCGGAUCAAGAUCCAGGUCGCGGAAGAGACCGCGCGGCGCGUCAUCGCGGAGGCGGAGCAAGCGCGGAAUACGCUUCUGCGCGAGCUGAACGAGACGAAGCAGGAGAGCGCGGCGGCGGUUCAAAAGGCGAAGCAGAAGGCGUCGGACGACGUCGCCGCCGCGAAGGCCAAGCUCGAGGACGAAGUUCAGAGGCGCGUGCGCGACGUCGAGGACGCGUACAAGAGCAUCGUGAAAGCCGCGGAGGACAAGGCGAGGGCGAGCGAGAACGAGCUGGAGAAGGCGCAGGAGGCGGCGGAGAUGACGGUGGAGGAGGCAAAGGAGGCGGCGAACGAGGAGCUCAAGGCGGGUCUCGCCGCCGCGGAGGAAGCGCUCGCGGCGGCGGAGGAAGUCGCCGCGAUCGAGAUCAAGGCUGCCGUGGACGCCGCGGACGCGCUCAUCGCGAAGAAGGAGCAGGAGCUCGCGGAGCAGAAGAAGAAGGAGAUCAACGAGAUCAAGCAGAAGACGGCGAAGAUGCUAGAGCUCGCCAAGGCGGAAACCACGGUGCUCGUCGAGGAAGCGAGGGCCAAGGCGCUGCAGGACGUCCGCGAGGCGAAAGCGGUCGCGGCGGAGCAGAUCGAUCAGGCGAAGAACGAAGCGGAGAACGAGAUGCGGAAAGCGGAGAGCAUCGCCGCGGCGAAGGACGCGGUCGCGGCGGCGGUGGAGCAGUCGCAAAAGGACGUCGCGAGCGCCGAGGGCAAGGCGACGAAGCUCGAGGCGGAGAUCGAGAAAGUGCGCGAGGCGGCCGCGAAGCAGAUCAAAGAGCUCGAGGAGGACAUGAAGCAACAGGUGGAGACGGUGAAGCGCGAGACGCGAGAGCAGAGCGAGAAGGAGGUGCAGAGGGCGCUCGCGAAGCAGAAGGAGGCGGAGGAGAGAGUCGAGCUCGCCGUCGCCGACGCGAAUAAAAAAGCCGACCGCGCCGUCAAAGCCGCGGAGACGAGAGCGGAGGAGGAGAUCACCGAGGCGGUGCGCGUGAGCGCGGAGCAGAUCGAGGCCGCGGAGUUGGACGCGACGAAGAGGGUCCUCGAGGCGGAGAACAGCGCGCGCGCGCAGCUGGAGAACGCGAACAAGCUCGCCGCGGAGGAAAAGAAGAAGAUUGAAAAAGAACGCGACGAGAAGGUAGCCGCCGCGGAGAAGGCGACCAAGGAGAUGAAGAAGAUGAAGAAACGGCUCGAUCUGAUCGAAGAAGACGCGAAGCGCGUGGAGGAGAUGGAGGACCGCGUCGAGGAGGCGGAGAAAGAAUCGACGCGCGCGAGGACGGAGGCGAGCGAUCACGAGAGCGCGAGAAUCGACGCGGAGUCCGCGGCGGUGGAAGCCGAGGCCAAGAUGGAAGCCGCGGUCGAAGCGCUGGAGAUCGCCGAGGCCGAGCGCGACGCCGCGAACAAGGCGGCGAAGCAAGAGGCGUCGCUCCUGGAGGGCGCGGUGAAGGCUGCGCGGCAAGAGGCGGACGCCGCCGCCGCGCAGGCGCUCCUCGCGGCGAAGGAGGAGCACGAUAAAAACGCGGAAAUCGCCGCCGCCGCGCUCAUGGAGACGAAAGAUUCCCUCCGACGCGCGGAGAACGAUCUCGCGGAGGCGCGCGCGACGCACGAGGCGGCCGCCGAGGAAGCUGCCGAGCUCUUGCGAAUCGCGCGGCAGGACGCGGAAGAAGCGCGCGCGGACGCGGACGCCGCGCGAGCGGAGGCGGAGGAGGAGAAGAACCGCCUGAGCGAAAACGCGGACAUGGAGACGCUCGUGCUCUUCGAGAAGAGAGUCGCGGAGGUCACCGCGGAGAUCGAAACGCGCGUCGACGACGCGAACCACCGAGCGGAGAUUGCCGAGAACGACCUCGCGGCGGCGAACUUCAAGAUCGACGGCCUGAGAGCCGAGCUCGGCGUCGCGCAGACGGAGCUCGCGAGCUUGGAGCAGACGGAUCGCCGCACGACGCUGGACGACGAGAACAUCCGCGCGCAGAUCGCGGCGAUGCAAAUCAAGAUCGAACGCCGCGACGAAGAGAUCAAGAAGCUUCAGGCGCUCCUCGGGAUCGUCCCGAAGCUGGAGAAACCCCCAGAGGAGCUCGGACAGGAGAGCAUCAUCCAACGCGCCGAGGCGAGAAUCUCGGGCCAGACGUCCAUGCCGACGGCGGAGGAGGAGGUGGACCCGGAGACGCUCGAGAAGCGGCAAGAGCUGGAGCGGCUCCUCGCCGAGCUGACGAUGCUCAAGGGAGAGCAAGCGCAGACGCCCGCGCAGGCGGCGCGGGCGGCGAUGGAGCUCACGGGGAUGGCGCCGCCCGCCGCGCCCGCCGCGCCGCCCCAAGCGGCGGGCGGGAUCUCGAUGCCGACGCCGCUCGCGCCGGGCGCGCAGCAGGCGGUCGCGAUCGAGCCCGCGAUGAUCGAGCCCUCUGUCGCGUCGCCGGGGGAUGCGGGCGCGUUCGUCCCGACGUCCACGACGGUCGUCGUGGACGAGAACGCGAUCAACCAGGCGUAUUGGGACGCGUACAACGAGACGUUGGAGCAGCGGAAGCGGCAACGGAGGGUCGACGCGGAGGCGUGGGCGGCGGGGCAAACGUCCGUCGUCUCGAGCAACCUCGCGAACGUGUACCACUGGAUCGGCGGGAACCCGCGCGAGGGCGACAACGCGAUGAUUUACAACCGGAAAGACAACGGGCUGAGCGAGGGCGGGCAGCUGUUUUUGCACUUGGGGUACAACGGGUGGCAGGGCGAGCCGAGGCAGGUGGACAUGCGGCCGCUGCCGCACGACCACCCGUCGCGGCAGGAGCUGGGGCUGGACGACAACUCCGGGGACUGGUGGAUCGCGGAGCCCGUGUACGUGGGCGCGGAGUCGAGGGUGCUCGACUUCGUCUUCAGCGACGGCGAAGGGAAGUACGACAACGCCGGCGGAAGCGAUUACCACACGCCGUGCGGCGACGGCGAAACCGUGGACCCGGUGGCGGAGCGCGUGCGACAGCUCGAGGAGGAGAACGCGGAGCAGGACGAGAUCAUCGCGCAAAAGGCGGGGCGGCGGGCGCAGCGGCAGACGCGCGCGCGGCAGGGGUUCAAGACGCAGGGCGCCAAGGACCCGAAGACGGCGUCGGUGCUGACGGACCCUGCAGUCCCAGUUGCGGGGCAGCCGCUCAAAAUUUUCUACCGUUACGAGAAGGACGACCGUGAUCACCCGCUGCACGACGUCCACGAGGUGUUCGUGCAGGGGGGCUGGAACCGAUGGUCGCACGCUCAGUCGUUCGGUCCGGUCAAGAUGGAGUGGUCGGACGACCCGCCGGGCGGGACGCCGACGCUCCCCGCGCUCGAGGCGACGGUGACGGCGCCCACGGACGCGCACGUGAUGGAUUUUUUCUUCCACAACGGCCGGAACGGCCGCGAGGCGAAAUACGACAGCAACCACUCGCUCGAUUACCACAUAAACACGAAGGGCGCGAGAGGGAGCAACCCGAAGCUGCGGAUCGUGCACGUCGCCGUGGAGAUGGCGCCGAUCGCCAAGGUUGGCGGCAUGGGCGACGUCGUCACCGCGCUCUGCCGCGCCAUCAUGGAGAAGGGGCACUCCGUCGAGGUGAUCCUACCCAAGUACGACUGCAUGGAUCACAACCAGAUUGAAAACUUGAAGCAGACGGAGCAGUUCGAGUUCAAGGGUGUCGUUCUGUACGUGUGGAGGGGCGAGGUGGAGGAGGUGCCCGUCGUGUUUUUGCAACCCGACAACGGCAACUUCGACGUCGGGUGCAUCUACGGCCGCGGCGACGACCACGUGCGCUUCGAGUUUUUCUCGCAGUGCGCGCUGCACUGGUUGAAGCACAGCAUGGACAAGCCCGACGUCGUGCACGCGCACGAUUGGUCGACCGCGCCGGUCAUCUUCGCGCGCCGCGCGCUCCUGCCGCCGACGGCGGCGACGGUGAUCACGAUCCACAACCUCGAGUUUGGCCAAGACCUCCUCGGUCGCGCGUUGGAGCGAUGCACGUUCGCGACGACCGUCUCGCCGACGUACUCGCGAGAGAUCGCGGACCACAACGCGAUCAAGGACAACAAAGAGAAGCUCGUGGGCAUCCGCAACGGCAUCGACGUCGAGAUCUGGGACCCGAGCUCGGACGUGUUACUCUCGCAGUGGUUCGACGCGGGGACGUGGGAAUCGGGAAAACAGGCGGCGAAGACGCAACUCGCGCAGCGGCUCUCGAUGAACCUCCCGCAGCCCGGGACGCCCGUCGUCGGCGUCGUCGCGCGCCUCACGCAGCAGAAGGGCGUGCACCUGAUCAAGCACGCGGCGAAGCGCACGCUCGAGCAGGGCGGGCAGUUCGUCCUGCUGGGGUCCUCCCCGGACGGCAACGUGCAAAACGACUUCAACAACCUCGCGAACGAGUUCAACCAAAAGCACCCGGGGCAAUCCGGCUUCGUCUUCGCGUUCGACGAGCCGUUGUCGCACCUCAUCUACGCCGCCUCCGACAUGAUCCUCGUGCCGUCCAUGUUCGAGCCUUGCGGGCUCACGCAGUUGAUCGCGAUGCGGUACGGCACCGUGCCGGUGGUGCGACGCACGGGCGGGUUGCGAGACACGGUGUUCGACGUCGACGAGGACGUGGACCGCGCGAGAAUGGAGGAGACGGAACCCAACGGGUACGCGUUCGACGGCGCGCAAGCGCACGACAUCGACGCCGCGUUGGAUCGCGCGAUGAUGACGUACAGCAGCGAUUACGGGCGGUGGAAGCUGCUGGUGAACACGAUCAUGCGGCAGGACUGGGGGUGGAACGGGCCGGCGGAGACGUACGUGGAGCACUACUGGCAGGCGAAGAAGAAGCACCUGACGAAUCCGAACGUGAACGAUUGAUUUUGAUCGAGACGUUGAUGAGAUGAACGAGAACGGCGCGGACGAAGUUCGCGCGGGGUGUGGGUUCGACGGUGGAACGACGAUGAAGGGAAGAGAGGCGAGAGGAGGAGGUGAUAGAGUGAUUCAUUCAUUUUACGUUUUGAGGCGGCGCGAGGCUUGUAAUAUGAGAACGGCCGCGGUGUACACAGGAAGGAGCUCUUUCUUUCAUC